CGAGAGGACGAACAGGGGGCGAGAGAGGAAAGACCCACAAAAACCGGUGCAGAAAAGCCAGGCCCAGGAGAGAAAAGCGUUCGUAGACCCACAAGGCGGCAGCCUCCCCUCCCCUUCCUCCUCUCCCCGCCCCGUUCAUGUCGCCGGCCACCGCCUCCUCCUCCAAUCCCAAAUCCAAUUCCGACUAGCUGAGAUGCACCACCACCACCUCCCCGCCGCCGCCGCCGCCGCGCCGGAUGCGGCCGCCCCGGACCCGCCGGCGUCGGGGAGCGAUCCCAACCACCACCCGCCUCCGCAUCCUCCCUCCCUCCGCAUCCACAUCCCGGCGAGUCCGCACCACGCGCUCCCCUCCACCCCGCACAAGCGGCCCGUGACCAUGAACUCCUCCUCCUCCUCCACCCCGACCCGCCCGUCGCCCUUCACCCCGCCGCGCCGCCGCAAGCUCGCCGCGUCCUCCCCUGCGCCGGCGGCACCGGCGGCGGCGGCCGCGGCCGCGGCCGCAAGGCACCUCCUCCGGUGCCUCCACCUCCGCCUCCGUAUCCUGCUGCUCCUCUCCCUCCCCACCCUCUACUUCCUCUCCCCGUCGCCCGCCUUCCUCCCGCGCUCCCUCCUUGCCGACUUCCUCUCCGCCGCCGCCUUCUCCUGCGCGCUCCUCCUCCUCCUCUGCCUCUCCCUGCCCCGCCUCCCAUUCCCGCUCCCCUUCCACCUCCCGCUCCGCCGCCCGCGCCGAUCCCCGAUCCUCUGGUCCAUCGGCUCCUCGCCGUCCGCCUCCGCGUCCGCCCCCACCACCGGCCAUUUCGUCGAGGUGUACAGCAACGGCGACGUCUACGAGGGCCAGUUCAACCGCGGCCGGUGUACGGGCAGUGGCGUCUACUACUACUACAUGAGCGGCAGGUACGAGGGGGACUGGAUCGACGGCAAGUACGACGGCUACGGGGUCGAGACCUGGGCCAGGGGGAGCCGCUACAGGGGCCAGUACCGGCAGGGGCUCAGGCACGGCCACGGCGUUUACAGGUUCUACACCGGCGAUGUGUACGCUGGGGAAUGGUCCAACGGGCAGAGCCAUGGGUAUGGGGUGCACACCUGCGAGGAUGGCAGCCGGUACAUCGGCGAGUUCAAGAGAGGGGUCAAGCACGGACUCGGCCACUACCAUUUCAGGAAUGGUGACACCUAUGCCGGUGAGUACUUUGCUGAUAGAAUGCACGGUUUUGGAGUCUACAGUUUUGCCAAUGGGCAUAGAUACGAGGGUGCAUGGCACGAGGGCAGAAGACAGGGUUUAGGCAUGUAUACAUUCAGGAAUGGAGAGACACAAGCAGGCCACUGGCAGAAUGGAGUUCUUGACACCUUAAGCACCCAAAAUUUUAUCCCCGGGUCGCCUAUUGCUGUGAACCAUUCGAAAGUCCUCAAUGCGGUGCAGGAGGCGAGAAGAGCUACAGAGAGGGCGUAUGAUGUCCCAAGAGUAGAUGAUAAGGUGAACAGGGCCGUCGCUUCAGCUAAUAAAGCAGCCAAUGCAGCCAGAGUGGCUGCUGUGAAGGCUGCACAAAAGCGCAUCCCAAACAACAACGAUGAUCUACCGUUGUCAAUAGUGUGAGAAUGAAACCAACAUAAGGUUGGCAUGAAGCUGCUUCGUGAUGCCACCGCAAUACCUGUAUAGCCCGGCAAACUUUCCAAUUCCCUGAUAGGAGGGAAAUUGCUCCACCACCGGGUCCAUGGCGACACCUGAGUGACGACCGUUGCAUCAGAGCUUCGGAACCAGAGUUUCCUGCUGUCCCUUCCACACAUCUUUUGCGGUGUCUUUUCGUGACGCAGCAGAACUUCUGAGCUGAGAGAUUUCCGCUGUCGAAGGCAGUGGAUCGAGGUCAGUAGGUUUCCCUCUGUUUUUCCUUCAGUGUAAUACCGCAUCCCUACGAUAGAGAAAUGAUGAUGUACUACGCCCCAGAUAUCAGGAUACAAGCUUCUGUUCCGCUUUAAGCAUGUAUAGAAGUAUAGAACCCUACGUGUUGUCUGUAUCACUUGUAGCAUAAACGCAUAAAGAUAUCAUGCACCGGUCAUGAUUGAUUCGUGAGUGCCUCCUGUUUGUGUUUGUGGCUGAUGGAUGUGCUGCUAUGAAUUCCAACAAAACCUGUUGAACC